UUCGCGCUGUCAGUCUCUCUCAUAGUCUGAGAUUUAAUAGGCCAAGGAAAACACCCCCAAACCAAACGCUAUUCAUACUCAUAUCUACCUUGGUCUUUACUCUUUACCCACCAAACCAAGAAGAGCAAGAGUAAAAACUACUGCCCUAUUUGCUAUUGCUGCUACCGAUUAAAUCAAAUCACCAAAAACAAAGAAAGAAACAAAAUGGACUCUGAUUUCGGCAUUCCCAGAGAACUUUCCGAUCUUCAGAAGCUCCGAUGUCAAUACCAGCCAGAACUCCCUCCUUGCCUUGAGGGAACUACUGUCAGAGUUGAGUUUGGUGAUGCCACUACAGCUUUGGACCCAACUGAUUCUCACACCAUUAGCCGUGCUUUUCCACACACUUAUGGCCAGCCUUUGGCUCACUUUCUCAGGGCAACUGCAAAAGUACCUGAUGCUCAGAUUAUAACAGAGCAUCCAGCUAUUAGGGUAGGACUUGUCUUUUGUGGGAGACAAUCCCCCGGUGGGCAUAAUGUCAUAUGGGGCCUUCACAAAGCUCUCAAAAUCCACAACCCUAACAGCACUUUGCUUGGCUUUUUGGGCGGCACUCAAGGUUUAUUUGCACAGAAAACUCUAGAGAUCACAGAUGAUGUUCUCUCAACCUACAAAAACCAAGGUGGUUAUGAUCUGCUGGGACGAACACAAGAUCAAAUUAGAACGACUGAGCAAGUUAAUGCUGCACUUACUGCAUGCAAUGAUUUGAAGUUGGAUGGCCUUGUCAUUAUUGGAGGUGUAACAUCAAAUGCUGAUGCUGCUCAACUUGCUGAAACAUUUGUUGAAGCUAAAUGCCCAACAAAGGUGGUUGGUGUUCCUGUUACACUGAAUGGAGAUCUCAAGAAUCAAUUUGUGGAAACUAAUGUUGGCUUUGAUACAAUAUGCAAGGUCAAUUCUCAGCUCAUCAGCAACGUCUGCACUGAUGCUCUCUCUGCAGAGAAGUACUAUUACUUUAUCCGUCUUAUGGGAAGGAAGGCAUCGCACGUUGCACUGGAAUGCACCCUCCAGUCUCAUCCAAACAUGGUAAUUCUUGGUGAAGAGGUGGCUGCAUCAAAGCUAACUCUUUUUGACAUAACAAAGCAAAUUUGUGAUGCAGUUCAAGCCAGGGCAGAGCAAGACAAGAACCAUGGGGUCAUCCUUCUGCCUGAAGGGCUUAUAGAAAGCAUUCCUGAAGUGUAUGCACUGUUGAAGGAAAUUCAUGGUUUGCUCAGGCAAGGUGUAUCUGCUGAAAAUAUUUCUUCUCAACUUUCACCUUGGGCAUCUGCUUUGUUUGAAUUUUUGCCACCUUUUAUAAGGAAAGAGCUUCUACUCUAUCCUGAAUCAGAUGAUUCUGCACAGUUGUCGCAGAUUGAGACAGAGAAACUUCUGGCGCACCUUGUAGAGAAUGACAUGAGUAAGCGCCAGAAAGCAGGUACUUACAAGGGGAAAAAAUUUAAUGCUAUCUGCCACUUCUUCGGCUAUCAGGCUCGUGGAUCCUUGCCAUCAAAAUUUGACUGUGACUAUGCUUAUGUUCUUGGACAUAUCUGCUAUCAUAUUCUUGCUGCUGGUUUAAAUGGUUACAUGGCAACUGUAACUAACCUAAAGAAUCCAGUUAACAAAUGGCGCUGUGGUGCUGCACCUAUAACAGCAAUGAUGACUGUGAAGCGCUGGUCUCAAAAUCCCAAUGCCUCAUCAAUUGGAAAACCUGCUAUUCAUCCAGCUACUGUGGAUUUGAAAGGCAAAGCAUACGAGAUGCUGAGACAAAAUGCAACGAGGUUUCUGCUGGAUGAUAUCUACAGAAAUCCAGGACCGCUUCAGUUUGAUGGUCCCGGUGCUGAUGCUAAGGCUGUGACCUUAUGUGUUGAAGACCAGGAUUACAUGGGCCGUAUCAAGAAACUACAGGAAUAUCUUGACAAGGUCCGUACCAUUGUGAAGCCAGGGUGUUCUCAGGAAGUUCUGAAAGCAGCUUUAAGUGUAAUGGCUUCUGUGACAGAGGUUCUCUCUGUGAUGUCUUCAUCUUCGUCAGCCGGACAGACAACUCUUUGAUACUACAAGUUGCGAAUACACCGGUCAUUGUAAUCGUGGUCUCAUUAUUGUUAUUAUUAUUAUUAUUUUAAAUAUGCUAUACUUUAGGCCUUAGGGGUGAACAUUUUGUGAUAAACUAAUGGAGUUUCCCUCUUUCUUUUUCUUGUUUCCGAGAGAUGAUGAUCGGAAUUUUAUCAGUUUUGUGUAGGGAAUGAUUAUAUAUGGCAAGAUAUUGGCAACCAUGGUUUAUUGUGGCCUCGUAGACUUAAAGGUUAUUAUCAUAAAAAUAGCAUCACUCGAUGCGUCUGAGGAUCUUUGAUCUUGGGUGUUAUGUUUUUUUGGUAGAGAUGUUACAUGCUAGGCCACAG